GGCGCCCGGGACUUGGGAAUGAAUUCUCAGCGGAAACUUGAGCACCCCCUUUCCCCGCCUGUGGGCCACAUUUCCCAGAAGCCUCUACGGGCCACAACCCUUUCUUACCCCUCCGCAGCCACCUAUUGCUACCUCGACCUGUGGGUUUGCCCAGGUUCUCGGAGGAUGCUCGCGUGCGGCUGGGCGGUCAGGACUGGGCUUCACUGAAGCUUGGAAUACGACGCGACUUGGGGCGGAGAAGACUGUUGUGCCGGUUCAGGCUCUAGUUGGAUUUUUUCCCCCCUCUGGACUACAUUUCCCCGAGGGCUCCGCGGUGUUUGCGGAUUCGGCCGAAGUUGGCUGACCGGUGUGAGUUGCCGGGAGUUCGAGCGCAAAGGAUCGGGGCAUUCCAGGUUGCCUCGCUCACUGGUUUGGGGCGGAUUCAAUCAGACUGGAGUGAGAGGACCCCGGAAGAGUGGACGAAUCCAGAAGAGGAGGAGAAAAGAGCUGCUGGGCAUCAAAAGUCAUGGCGGAGGACUUGAAGUUCAAAGAUGUGGCCAUUUACUUCUCUCAAAAGGAGUGGGAGUGCUUGCACUCUGCUCAAAAGGAUUUGUACCGAGAUGUGAUGUUGGAGAAUUAUAAUACCCUGAUCUCACUGGGAUUUUCUGAUUCUAAGCCAGAUGUGAUCUCCUUAUUGGAGCAGGGGAAGGAACCUUGGAUGGUUAACAGCAAGGAGACAAAAGAAUGGUGCCCAGACUGGGAGUCUAGAAGAGAAACCAAGAUGCUAAAGGAGGACAGUUAUGAAGUUCAAUCAUUGCAACCAGAGAUAACAAAAAGACUUACAAGCUCUACCCUUGAGUGCACUAGGGUCAGAAGUAACAGAGAAAUCAGAUGCCACUUGGAGAGGCUACAAGAAGGACGUUUCAGACAAGCCAUAAUAACCUCUGAAGAAAGAUCUACUUCCAUUCAGCGCACAGAUCAUAGAACACCUCAGACAACUCAUACUGGAGCAAAAUCCUGUGAAUCCAAGGAAUGUAAGACUUUCAGGUACCAAUCACACCAUAGUCAACAUGAAAGAAGUCAUAAUAAGGAAAAAGGCUCUAAAUGUGGAGAAUGUGGGAAAGGCUUUAAUAGUAGGUCAGACUUGAAUAAGCAUCAGAGAAUUCAUGAAAGCAAAAAAAGUGAUGAAAAUAAGAAAUGUGCCUUUAUUCGUGACGCUCAGAUUACUAAAUCUCAGAGCAUUAAUACUGCUGAGAAACCUCAUAAAUGUAAGGAAUGUGGGAAAGCCUUUCAUUCUAACUCGCAACUUAGUAAACAUCAAAGGAUUCAUAUAGGUGAGAAACCCUAUAAAUGUACAGAGUGUGGAAAGGCAUUUCCAUCUACCUCACAACUUAAUUUACAUCAGAGAAUUCAUACUGAUGAGAAAUACUAUGAAUGUAAGGAGUGCGGGAAAGCCUUUACCCGUCCCUCACACCUUCUUCGACAUCAGAGAAUCCAUACUGGUGAGAAACCCCAUAAGUGUAAGGAAUGUGGGAAAGCUUUUCGUUAUGACACACAACUUAGUCUUCAUCAGAUAAUUCAUACUGGUGAAAGACGCUAUGAAUGUAAGGAAUGUGGGAAGGUCUAUAGUUGUGCCUCACAACUGAAUCUACAUCAAAGAAUUCAUACUGGUGAGAAACCUCAUAAAUGUAAGGAAUGUGGGAAAGCUUUUAUCUCUGAUUCACAUCUUGUCCGACAUCAGAGUGUUCAUACUGGUGAGAAACCAUAUAAAUGUAAGCAAUGUGGGAAGUCUUUUCGUCGUGGCUCAGAACUUACCAGACAUCAGAGAGCUCACACGGGUGAGAAACCUUAUAAAUGUCGGGAAUGUGAAAUGGCCUUUACUUGUAGCACAGAACUUAUCCGACAUCAAAAAGUUCACACUGGUGAGAGACCCCAUAAAUGUAAGGAAUGUGGGAAGGCUUUUAUUCGAAGGUCAGAACUUACUCAUCACAAGAGGAGUCAUAGUGGUGAAAAACCCUAUGAGUGUAAGGAAUGUGGGAAGGCCUUUGGUCGUGGCUCAGAACUUAGUCGACACCAGAAGAUUCAUACUGGUGAGAAACCCUAUGAAUGUAAGGAAUGUGGGAAAGCCUUUAUUCGUGGCUCACACCUUAGUCAACAUCAAAGAAUUCAUACAGGACAGAGGAGUGAAUGAAAACAUGUGAGAAGCUUGGAAUUUAAUUGACACCUGGAAAUUCAUACUAGUAAAACACAAACAAAAACCCCUGUAAUUGUAAGGAAUGUGGGAAAGCAUUUAAGGAUAACAACUUAAUAUCAGAGUUCAUACUGUGGAUGUGAGGCAGUCCAGAAUUUGACAUUUGUUACUGAUAAAAAACCUUAUAAAUGUUAUGAAUUGGGAGGGGUGUAUUUGUGUUUCAGAAUUUAUUAGACAUCAGAGUUCAAUCAAUUGGUGAAAAAGUGAAAAACUCCAUGAAUAUAAGGAAAGUGGGAAGGCUUAUUAAGAAAGCAGUGUUAGAAACAUUAAUCAUUCUAACUUUUCUCAACAUCAAGGGUCAUUAGCCCUUAUGGGAAAUCAGGAGUCACAAUAUAAAUAUUUAUAUGGAGCACCAAUUUGCUUUAGCUAACUAAUUAUUCAUCUGAUAAUUCGUACUAGAGGAAGGCUACAUUGUUAAAAAUGCAGCAGAUUCUUCCAUUCCAUUCAACUCCUGUUAAAUGUUUGCAAGCUCAUUCUCUAAAAUUAAUCUGAACUGAAUCAGAGUGGGAAAGGAUUUAACCAAUAUUUACUGUUUACUUGGCUUCACCAUUAUUACUCAUUUCUUAUAGGGCUAAUAACUUAACCAAAUUCUCUCAUUUAUCAAUUAGUAAUAUUAGCACCAUAUUUCUUAGUAGCAUUGUGUAUAUUGUAUCCCUUAGAAUAGUGUCUGGCGCAUAUUGAAAGUGUGUUAAAUAAGAGGGGCUUUAUUCUUAAUUUUGUUUUCCUAAUUGUGUAUUAGAGAUCAUAUGAGAGGAAGGCCUUAUGUGUGCAGUGACUAUAUGAACAUCUUACAUCAUCUUUCUUCAUGGAAUGUUAGAUAGUUCCUUCUGCAGAAAAAUUUUAAAACUGAAGCUUUUCAUAGGUUGCCCUUUCCCCCAUUAGGGGAUUCAUGAUGUAAAGAACCCCAGUAGAAUAAAAGUGGGGUGCUGUGAGGUCAGAGGGAAGACUUAGAUAAUUUUUUUUAAGACCUUCCAAAAAACAAGAGACAUAUGCCAUGAUCUCUGGCCUCUCUUUUAGUGAAUUAGAAAAUAAAGGCUCAGCCAAAAUCCAUUUCUCCACAAGGAAAUUUAAGAUACUUGUAUAAAUAAUUUUUACAUUAAAAAGGAAAUCAAAGCAGGGCUUCCCUGGUGACUCAGUGGUUAAGAAUC